CGAGGCGAAGUGGCCGCAGAGGCGCGCCAGGCAGCCCGGCCCCGGCCCCGAGCCCGCGCGCACGGCGGCCGCAGCAGCUCCUUGCGUCCCUCCCAUCGCGUGCGCCCAUGGCGGUCGCGGGCCGGCUGUGCCUGCUCUACCUGUCCGCAGGGCUUCUGGCCCGUCUGGGCGCAGCCUUCAACCUGGACACCCGUGAGGACAACGUGAUCCGGAAAUCGGGGGAUCCCGGGAGUCUCUUCGGCUUCUCUCUCGCCAUGCACCAGCAGCUGCAGCCUGAGGACAAGCGGCUGUUGCUUGUGGGGGCGCCUCGGGCGGAGGCGCUGCCCCUGCAGAGGGCGAACAGAACAGGGGGCCUGUACAGCUGUGACAUCACCUCCCGGGGACCCUGCACGCGGAUUGAGUUUGAUAAUGAUGCGGACCCCAUGUCAGAAAGCAAGGAAGAUCAGUGGAUGGGAGUCACCGUCCAGAGUCAAGGUCCAGGAGGCAAAGUGGUGACAUGUGCGCAUCGAUACGAAAAGAGGCAGCAUGUUAACACAAAGCAGGAGUCGCGAGACAUCUUCGGGAGGUGUUACGUCCUGAGUCAGAAUCUCAGGAUUGAAGAUGAUAUGGAUGGAGGAGACUGGAGUUUCUGUGAUGGCCGCUUGAGAGGCCAUGAAAAAUUUGGCUCGUGUCAGCAAGGGGUAGCAGCUACCUUCACUAAAGAUUUCCAUUACAUUGUGUUUGGAGCCCCGGGCACUUACAACUGGAAAGGGAUUGUUCGUGUAGAGCAAAAGAAUAACACUUUUUUUGAUAUGAACAUCUUUGAAGAUGGGCCCUAUGAAGUUGGCGGAGAGACUGACCAUGAUGAAAGUCUCGUGCCUGUUCCUGCUAACAGUUAUCUAGGCUUUUCACUGGACUCAGGGAAGGGUAUUGUUUCUAAAGAUGACAUCACUUUUGUAUCCGGUGCUCCGAGAGCCAAUCACAGUGGGGCUGUAGUUUUGCUAAAAAGAGACAUGAAGUCCGCGCAUCUUCUCCCCGAGCACAUAUUUGAUGGAGAAGGCUUGGCUUCUUCGUUUGGCUAUGACGUGGCGGUGGUGGACCUCAACGCUGAUGGGUGGCAAGACAUAGUCAUUGGAGCCCCACAGUAUUUUGACAGGGAUGGUGAAGUUGGGGGUGCAGUGUACAUCUACAUUAACCAGCAAGGCAAAUGGAGUAACGUGAAGCCAGUUCGUCUGAAUGGGACCAAAGAUUCUAUGUUUGGAAUUUCGGUGAAAAAUAUUGGAGAUAUUAAUCAAGAUGGCUAUCCAGAUAUUGCUGUUGGAGCUCCCUAUGAUGAUCUGGGGAAGGUUUUUAUCUAUCAUGGAUCUCCAGCUGGCAUAAAUACCAAACCAACACAGGUUCUUGAGGGCACGUCGCCUUACUUUGGGUAUUCAAUCGCUGGGAAUAUGGACCUGGAUAAGAAUUCCUACCCUGACGUUGCUGUUGGCUCCCUCUCAGACUCAGUAACUAUUUUCAGAUCCCGGCCAGUGAUUAACAUUCUGAAAACCGUCACAGUGACCCCUAGCAGAAUUGACCUCCGCCAGAAAUCCCUGUGCGGGUCGCCUAGCGGGAUAUGCCUCAAGGUUAAAGCCUGUUUUGAAUAUACUGCGAAACCCUCUGAUUAUAAUCCUCCAAUAUCGAUUUUGGGCAUACUUGAAGCUGAAAAAGAAAGAAGAAAGUCUGGGUUGUCAUCAAGAGUUCAGUUUCGAAACCAAGGUUCUGAGCCAAAGUAUACUCAGGAGCUAACUCUGAACCGGCAGAAGCAGCGGGCGUGCAUGGAGGAGAUCCUCUGGCUGCAGGAGAACAUCAGAGACAAGCUACGUCCCAUUCCCAUCACCGCCUCUGUGGAGAUCCAGGAGACCAGCUCUCGCCGGCGGGUGAAUUCACUUCCCGAAGUUCUUCCUAUCUUGAAUUCGAACGAAGCCAAGACCGUCCAGACAGAUGUACACUUCUUAAAGGAGGGCUGUGGAGACGACAAUGUCUGUAACAGCAACCUUAAGCUAGAGUAUAAAUUCUGUACCCGAGAAGGCAGUCAAGACAAAUUCUCUUACCUUCCAAUUCAAAAAGGCAUUCCAGAAUUAGUCCUAAAAGAUCAGAAAGAUAUAGCUCUGGAGAUAACAGUGACCAACGGCCCUUCUGAUCCAAGGAAUCCCAGGAAAGACGGUGACGACGCUCACGAGGCCAAACUCAUUGCGACUUUCCCCGACACUCUCACAUACUCGGCAUACCGAGAACUGAGGGCUUUCCCUGAGAAGCAACUGAGCUGUGUCGCCAACCAGAAUGGCUCCCAAGCGGACUGUGAGCUCGGGAAUCCUUUCAAGAGAAAUUCCAGUGUUACUUUUUAUCUGGUCUUAAGUACAACCGAGGUCACAUUUGACACCACAGAUCUGGAUAUUAAUCUGAAGUUGGAAACAACAAGCAAUCAAGAUAAUUUGGCUCCAAUUACAGCGAAAGCAAAAGUGGUUAUUGAACUGCUUUUAUCGGUCUCCGGAGUCGCUAAACCUUCACAGGUGUAUUUUGGAGGUACAGUUGUUGGUGAACAAGCUAUGAAAUCUGAAGACGAAGUAGGAAGUUUAAUAGAGUAUGAAUUCAGGGUGAUUAACUUAGGCAAACCUCUUAAAAACCUCGGCACGGCGACCUUGAAUAUACAGUGGCCCAAGGAAAUUAGCAACGGCAAAUGGUUGCUUUACUUGGUGAAAGUUGAAUCCAAAGGUUUGGAGCAGAUCAUUUGUGAGCCCCACAGUGAAAUAAACUUCCUGAAGCUGAAGGAGUCUCACAACUCAAGAAAGAAACGGGAAAUUCCUGAAAAACAAAUAGAUGACAGCAGGAAGUUUUCUUUAUUUUCUGAACGAAAAUACCAGACCCUCAACUGCAGUGUCAACGUGAAGUGUGUGAACAUCAGGUGUCCUCUGCGCGGGCUGGACAGCAAGGCCUCUCUCGUUUUGCGCUCCAGGCUGUGGAACAGUACAUUUCUAGAGGAGUAUUCCAAACUGAACUACUUGGACAUUCUGGUGCGGGCAUCCAUCGACGUGGCAGCUGCUGCUCAGAACAUCAAGCUGCCUCACGCGGGCACUCAGGUUCGUGUGACCGUGUUUCCCUCAAAGACUGCUGCUCAGUAUUCCGGGAUAGCUUGGUGGAUCAUCUUGCUGGCUGUCCUUGCUGGGAUUUUGAUGCUGGCUCUGUUAGUGUUUUUGCUGUGGAAGUGUGGAUUCUUUAAGCGCUCUAGGUACGAUGACAGCGUUCCCAGAUACCAUGCUGUUCGCAUCCGGAAAGAAGAGCGAGAGAUCAAAGAUGAAAAACACAAUGAUAACCUGGAAAAAAAACAGUGGAUCACAAAGUGGAAUGAAAAUGAAAGUUACUCAUAGGGGACCCAGGAAAGCCUCACACUACCCGAACCCCUUUUUAUUUUUCCCAACUCAGAAACCCAGGUGGGCUCAAAGCCUGCUUAGCACCUGAAGUAUGAGUUCAGACUGGGGACACACAGCAUGGACCUACAGUUUCAACUGUGGAUAUUGUUACACCUAAGGCGGCUCCUGUUUUGCACAGCCAAAUUUAAGACUUUUGGGGUGGAUUUUUCUUUAACUGCCUUAAUUUAACUUUGCAGAUUGCCUUUGUUUUUGGUGUGACUUACUUGCAUUUCAUGGGAAGUGGCAGGGCCUGCCCAUCUGCACUCCUGGGACAUUCGCUCCUGACAGCACAGGAGGCAGAAGGCCCCCACCGUCACCCGUGCUAACAGAGUGGCCAUCCCUGCCUCCACAAGCAUCCUUCUCGUACGAUUGCAGAACCUGCACGUUAAUUGCCCUUUGGCUCAAGACGCUGCCAUUGGAUAACUGUGUGUCUGUUGAAAAUUCUGUCUUAAAUGUGCAAUAGAAGGCGAUGCUGCCAUCUUGCCUUCUCCAUUCCCUAGAAGUGAGAAUCCUUGCUGAUGCCAAAUGCACGCAGGUUCCCGUCUCCCUUGUCACUAAAGCACAGGUGCGGCAGACUUGAAUGCUAGUUACACUUGUUUAUAUAUAUUUAUUUUUUUUCUUCAAGCCAUCUUGCUAUUGACUAAUAGUCCAAAGAUCUUCAGGUUGGUUUAGGCAGUCAGAAUGAGAACCUGGGAGGUCAUUUGUUCUGACCUUGAUCAUUGACUGCGAAAGGAAAGUUCUUUAUAAACAUGCAAGGGUCGAUUUAACAGCUUAAACUUAUCUGUAAGUGAUACCAUCUCCUUUCUGGCAGGCUCUCCCUCAACCCAGAAAGUUUGACAAAGGGUUAACUGUAAGAUGUGUCAUCUUUACCCGGCAUUGGGUGUUCCCUGGUUUUGAGCCCUGUGUGGAACUUCUGAACGUUGUGCUGUAACUCUCAGAACUCUUAGAGGAAGUGAGUUCUUUGAACUCUGGGAUCCGUGUGCUCACUGCUUUCAACACUGUGCAUUCAGGACUUGAAGUGAGUACCUGUGUGGAUCCAGACCAAUCCAGUGUGAGACUACUGAAGAGCAUCUUUGCUGCCAAAACAGCCACAUCAGACAGAUGGAGAGCCAUGGCACUUAGCUUCUUAAAUAUCAUUGGAACCAUUCAACCAGCGAGUCCAUGUUUGAUUUUUUAAUUGUUCACCCAAAUCUCAAUUCUUAAAAAUGACCUGUGACUACCUUAACGAUCUUUCUAGGCCUAGAGCAGGUUUAGCUCACUGCUAGACUGCCUAGCAUUCCCAGGGCCCACCUUUGUUUUUAUUUGUUAAAAUGUCAGGAGAGAGAAACCAGUAUAUAUAUAUUCGACAGAGAUUGAAUAUAUUAUCAAAACUGAUUUUUUAAUUGUGCUUUAAAACAAUUAAGUUAUAUGGAAGCAGCAGCAAAGAGGUGCUAAUUUGUUUGGAUAUUGUAUAUAAGCAGUUCUUUUUGUUUUGUUUUAAGACUGGGUCUCAAGUAACCCAGGCUGGCCUUGAACUCCUUAGGUAGCUGGGGAUAGCCUUGAACUUCUGCUCCUCCUGCCUCCCUGCCCUGACCCCCACAUCCCCAGGGCCGGGAUUGCAGAUGUUUGCCAAGAGUACUCAGUUUUAUGCAGGGCUUUGUGCGUGCUGGGCCAUCACUCCACCAGCUGAGCUGCAUGCUGGCCACUUCUCAGUCUUUAAAAGAACAAAACUUACUAAAUGUGCCAUUGUUGCUUUGGAGUUUUAAGUCUUUUUUUUUUCCUUCAUAAAAGAUUAUACCCUUAAGAUAUUAAAACCUUUUAAUUCUGGUUCUACUUUGGCGUUUUCACUCAUAAAAAUAAUUUUACAAAUGAUGCCUUGUUUACAAAAAGUUCUCUACUGCGGGUCCUGAUAGCGUUUAAAGUCUAGUUUUUUUGCUUGGGAAACUUGAAGCCAAACAUACUGGCUUUCAAGGACACAACAAAGAAGCGGAUGGUCUUGACCGUGUCUGUAGACCUCUGUUAUAGAAAUGAAUGUCCAGAAAAGGGUGGGGAGGGUGUUCGACAACAGAAAAACAAGAAUGUUAUGAUGUUUAAAUUUAUAGUUGUUAAAAAUGUCAUCUCAAGUCAAGUCACUGGUCUGUUUGCAUUUGAUAGGUUUUUAUACUAACUAGCAUUGUAAAGUUAUUUCAUAAUUAGAAAGUACCUGUGGAUAUUUGUAUAAAAGUGUGAAAUAAAUUUUUUAUGAAAAUGCUCAUGCUUAUUAACAGCAUCAUGUAUGUGAAGCAAACUCUAAAUUAUAAAUGACAACCCAAGUUGCCUUUCUUUGUAUUUCAUCAAAGCCAAAAAAAAAGUAAAGUUUGCAAUAUUUUUUUUAGUGUCCCAUAUAAUUUCAGCCAAAGGUGUACCUAAAGUAGUGCAAUAUAAAUGUGGUUGAAGGUUUUUAAA